AUGGCGUUGCAAAUGAAAGCCGCUAUCUGUGCUGUUCUGUCUUUGACUCUCUUUUCAUGCUGCUCCAGUUUGACUCUCACUAUUCCCACAAGCCCCGUUUUCGGACGGGUAGGCGGCGAUGUGACAUUAAACUUUUCACUUAAUCCUUCAAAUGUCGUGUUACAGGCUGUGACCUGGAGGUUAAACAGUACUAACAAUGUGGUGACUUGUGUGGGUGCUGCAGUUUCAUACGGACAGGGCUAUGAAGGGAGAGCCAAUCUAAACGCAAUGACUGGAUCUCUGUCGCUCUUCAGACUGACUCUACGUGACUCAGGACUGUACAGCGUGAGCAUCUUAACCACUGAGGGAGGCAGUGUGAGUGGAAGUGUCACACUUCAAGUGUUAGACUACUCCAUAACUCCAAGUCCCAUUUUUGGACAAAGCAGCGACAAUGUGACAUUUGAUGUUUCCAUUAAACCUACGAAUAUGGUGUUACAGGCUGUGACCUGGACGGUAAACAUUACCAACAAUGCUGUGAUUUGGACGGGUGGUGCAAUUUCAUAUGGACAGGGAUAUGAAGGGAGAGCCCAUCUGAACACAAUGACGGGAUCUCUGUCGCUCUUCAGACUGACACUAAGUGACUCGGGACAGUACAACGUGACCAUCAUAACUACAGGGGGAGCAAGUAUGACUGGAAAUAUCACACUUAAAGUGUUAGAUCCAGUUGCUGUACCCAAGAUUCAGUUCAAUGACGCAGUGACUUUGUCCUGCAUGGCCUCUGGGUCAGAUGUCUCUUACCAGUGGUUCAAUGGCAGCUCAGAGGUGUUGGAUACUGAAAGGAUUCUCCUGAGUGUUGAUAGGAAAACCCUGAUGAUAUCAAGAGUGGUGAGAUCAGACGAUGGGCCCUUCUACUGCUAUGUGUACAACAAUGUCAGUAACAGCACCAGCAAACCCUUUAAUCUUGGUUGGCUGUCCGUUCUGCCAUGGGGCUGGCUGGCUAACGUAUUUCUGAACCUUUGUGCCAAGGUGGCAUAUUGGGGAGCCGGUGGCCGCGUGAAGAGUGACUAG